CAUCGUAUCUAAUCUCACGUUAAAAUUUCAUAGGGAUAGGCGGUAUGUAAACUGUCUACGACCCGCCAUGUUCGCGUUACUUAGUUUCGUGGGACUCUUUUUAAAUUUCUACUGCCGUUGCGACUCAUUCACUAUGUUGAUUUCAAACAACUCGUGCUCUGUGCGGUAUUCGUACUUGGAUCAGAUUGCGCGAAAUGUUAAUUGUACGGCUGUGAAGGAAGCUAAUAGUCUAUGUGGUAGAGAAAUACGCGUAUUGUAUUCAAAUUUACGUCCGUACAUAUAUCUUGAAGAUGGAAAUGUUACAGGAAUUUUGCCAGAAAUUCUGAAGCAAAUUCUCGUAAAAUCCUGCUGCUUUGGUUGCAACACAAUAAUAACAUACACCAAAACAGACAACAUCGUUUCCAGAAUUAUUUCCCAUGAGAAGAUCAGUAAAUUUGAUGUACUUAUUCCAGUAGAAAAUUGCUUAGGAUGUUCCAGCUUCCUUGGCCAUGAGUACACCGACUUAAUGCCACUUGAAGAAGUCUUGUUUGUCGGCAAAACUAAAGCCCCGACAACCGAGUAUUUAACGACAGUUCUAAUUGAGAGUACCGCUAACACCUGGCCUUUGUUUGUGGUUGCAUUAGCGUUGGCUGUGUGCGCUGGUACAAUUAUUUGGAUCAUGGAUACAUGGUUUAACAAGAAAGAAUUCCCAAGACAAUUUCCAAAAGGACCAUUUGAAGGCUUUUGGUGGGCUUAUGUUUCCAUGACGACAGUUGGUUAUGGAGACCGCACACCACAUUCGGUCCCAGCCCGUCUAUUUGCAGUAGUCUGGAUAUUAAUUGGCAUGAUCAUCUUUAAUAUGUACACUGCGUGCAUUACAUCAUUGCUAACCAGUAAGAUUUCAGAAGAAGGACAGAAUUCUAUAUACAUGAGAAAAAUCGGAGUUUUAGAAGACUUGAAAGCCAUUUAUUCGGGUAUAGCUAUAGGAAUGGCAGAUCAUUCAGAGUACAGCAACAUGGAGGAUUUGCAGAAAGAUUUGCAACAAGACAAAAUACCUGCUAUCGCCAUGGAAAGCCACAUGCUAGCUUACUACUUGUCCGAAGAGAUUGGAGAUAAAUACACGAUUUAUAAACAAGUUCAACUAAAAGAUAACGCCAUUGGUUUAGUGUCUUAUCAUCCACAAAUUAUCCAAUUGAUCAAAUCUUUCAAAAUGCAUAACCGUGAUGCCAUGAAUAUCAUUGUUUCCAACGCUUCCAAAAUUGCAAAGAUUUUAAGAAGACCAAUAAACGAGCUGAACCGAGAAUCCACGUUCACACUGUUCUCAAGUAAAAGCGACGCAUUUUACAUUACCAUGGCAGUGACGGCGGCACUGUCGGUAUUAUGCAUUAUUCUUGGUACGUUCUUGGCUCAAACAAAGAAGGAAAUAAAGAAACGGAAAUCAUUACGAGAUAGCCGCAGCAUGACAUCGAGUAUGAUUGAUCGUGCUGUUGAUAUAUAA